GAGCCCUUCAUGGUCCUCCUACAUGUUCUGUGCUUAACUCCCAACACAGACAGUAUAUGACAAAAUAUCAAGAGACCCAGCUGUUUGAGGUCUAAAGGAAACAGAGUAAUCUUGGCUGCCUACUGCAGAACCAAGGAAUCCCAUAGGGGACAAAACAGAUCUGGCAGGCUAUGCUUGUUUCUCUUGGAUCCCUUCCUCUGAAAAUCUACAAUCUUUCCUCAUCCUGUCCAAGCAUCGGAAGAGGCAACUGGUAGAAAAAUAAGUAUCAAGAAGAAUUGAAAAUGGCAAGUGAUCAGUCUGCUUGCUACCACUGCAUGGCCUCCCUUUGUGGAAAGAGAUACACCACGAAAGAAGACAAUGCUUACUGUGUGAAUUGCUACGACAGCCUUUUUGCUAACAUCUGUGAAGAAUGCAAGAAGCCCAUUGAAUGUGACUUCAAGGAUCUUGCUUACAAAGGCUGCCACUGGCAUGAGGCCUGCUUCCAGUGUGCCAAGUGCCAUCAGUCUUUGGUAGAAAAGCCUUUUGCUGCCAAAGAUGAGCUCCUGCUGUGUACAGAGUGUUAUUCUAAUGAGUAUUCAUCAAAGUGCUUCCACUGCAAGAGGACCAUUAUGCCUGGUUCUCGCAAAAUGGAGUUUAAAGGAAGUUGUUGGCACGAAGCUUGCUUUGUUUGCCAACACUGUCGGCAACCGCUAGGGACAAAGCCUUUGAUUACCAAGGACAACGACAAUUAUUGUGUGCCUUGUUUUGAGAAGCAAUUUGCUCAGUGUUGUUACUCCUGCAAAAAGGUGAUAACUGCUGGUGGUGUGACCUAUCAUGACCAGCCGUGGCACAAAGAAUGCUUUCUGUGUACUGGAUGUGAGAAGCAGCUGGCAGGGCAGCGGUUCAUUUCCAAGGAUGAACACCCCUACUGCCUUGAGUGUUUCAGCAGGCGCUAUGCAAAGAAGUGUGUGGCCUGUACCAAGCCUAUUACAGCUCUCGGCGAAGCCAAAUUUAUCUCAUUUGAGGAUCGCCAGUGGCACAGUGACUGCUUUAAGUGUGGGAAAUGUUCCAGCUCACUGGUGGGAAAGGGAUUCCUAACCCAACAAGAUGAGAUCCUCUGCUGCAAGUGCGGGAGCACCGCAUAGCUCACAAGACCUGAAAGUAAACCUUGUUAAUUUCCAUGCGCUUUAAGUAUCACAUGCAUAAUUGCUCAGUGGUCAAAAAUCUGUCUAACAAGUAUAAUUAUUGUUCAGUUGUGCAAAUUGCUUCCUGACAGCAUUUCUGACACAGCUGGCAGACGUCCCUUUCAUCCUGUAUAACCACUUUAAAUAACAGGGUUUCUGCUAGGAAACAGUUAUAAAGAUAUAUUAACCUGAAAGCAUGAGUUUGAUUGUUUAACUGGUUGGUUGGUUGGAUGGAUGGUUCCUUGUAGUAGAGUGCACUCUACUGUUGGGAGUGCAAGAGUGUGCAAGCUUGCAACACAGACCAAUACUAUGCUCAAAUCUU